GACAUUAUUUAAGGUUUACUGUUUGGGAGUGUAAUACAAUAUGUACAUGAAAAAAUGUCUUAGUUUUUACAGAAAUACAUAUCUUUGAUAUAAAUGUUGAUCAAGUUCAGUGAAAAUUUGGUGAAAAAUUCUUAGUCCAACGGAAAAAACACUUGACAAAACCAAAUAUUUACGUAAACAACCUAACACUCAAGGAUAGUAUUAGUAAAAUCAAAAUUAUAUUGUUAUAGCAUGAACCCUAAAAGUCUAGAGGCUAGAAACCGUGAUGAUAAGCCUUUUGAAGGACUUAAAAUUUUAAACUCAGAUGUACUAAAUGAUCUCACUACUCGUAGUCCAUGUCCUCGAUGUGGCAAGUCUCGAAUGUACUUUUGUUACACCUGUUUUGUGCCUGUAGCUCAAUUAGACGGCCGAAUCCCUUUAUGUACUUUGCCAAUCAAGGUGGACAUAAUCAAACAUAGACGUGAAAUUGAUGGUAAAAGCACAGCAGCUCAUGCAGCAGUGUUGGCUCCUCGAGACGUUAAGGUUUAUACAUAUCCUGAUAUACCAGAAUAUGUAAAUGAUGGAAGGACAGUGUUGUUGUACCCAGGAACUGAAGCAUGUACUGUGCGAGAACUUUUUACAGGCAGAUAUGAUUACCAAAACUAUGCAGAAAAUCGCUUAGCUGAACUCCCGCCUGGUUAUAAUGUCGGUACUUUAAUGACUAAAGUGUAUCACAAUAACAGAGGCAACAAUGAAGAAAUAUAUCAUGUAGAGAAAUUGCCCAUUGAUCGUCUUCUGCUAAUUGAUAGUACUUGGAAUCAGAGUAGAGGAAUAUUUUGUGAUGAACGAUUGCAGAAGAUACCAAAAAUUGUGUUACAGAAAAGAAUAUCGCAAUUUUGGAGACACCAAAAGGGGAGUCCUAGAUGGUAUCUUUCUACUAUUGAAGCCUUACAUCAGGUAUUGUUAGAAAUGCAUGUAUGUGCAUGGGGUAGAAGUGAACAAUACAAGACAGAAGUUACUAGUGAUUGUCCAAUCCACAGUCAAGAAAACCAUACCUGUGAACCUUACAAUGGACAAUAUGAUAAUCUUUUAUAUUUUUUCAAAUACAUGUAUGAAAAACUCCACACUCUUUAUAAGCAUGAAGACAUGUUAGCUUAUAAGAGACCAAUGGAAAUAUAAUGUUUUUAAA